AUGUCUUCAUCGCUUCUCUCCCGCUCCGCUCGCCUGGGCCUGGCCCGUCAGCCGUUGGCCGGCAGCACCGUACGGUACAGAGCUCUGUCCAGCUUCAGAGCACCCACCAUCGCCAACGAACCCAACCAUCAUUACGCCAAAGGCUCGGAGCAGAGACAGGGGCUGCAGGCAGCCCUGCAGUCGCUCAAGGCCUCCCUCCCCGUCCAGGUUCCCUACCACUUCAAAGAUUCAUCAUCUGCCACUGCCGAUAUCCAGCGAAACCCCUCCGCUCACGCUGAAACUGUCGCCAAAUACUUCAACGCCACCGAGGCCGACGUCUCACGCAUGAUCGAGGAUGCGCUCAAGGCCAAACCAGCCUGGGAGAGCCUUCCCUUCGCCGAUCGGGCUUCUGUUUUCCUCAAGGCCGCUGACCUAGUGGCAGGGAAAUACCGCUACGAGAUCAUGGCUGCCACCAUGUUGGGCCAGGGCAAGAACGCAUGGCAGGCCGAGAUCGACGCCGCUGCAGAGCUGGCUGACUUCCUCCGCUUCAACGUCCAGUAUGCGGAGGAGCUGUAUGCUCAACAGCCAGAGCACCAUGCACCAGGUGUGUGGAACCGCAGCGAGUAUCGCCCUCUCGAAGGUUUUGUAUAUGCCAUUUCACCUUUCAACUUCACUGCCAUUGGAGGUAACCUGGCCGGUGCACCUGCACUGAUGGGCAACGUUGUCCUGUGGAAACCCAGCCCACACGCAGUCUAUGCCAACUACCUGACCUAUAAGAUCCUGCUCGAGGCUGGUCUGCCCAAGGAUGUGAUCCAGUUUGUCCCCGGAGACGCUCAGAUGGUAACCAAAGUCGCUCUCGCCCACCGUGACUUUGCCGGCCUGCAUUACACUGGCAGUACCGCCGUCUUCCGCGAGCUAUAUGGCAAGAUUGGCCAGGGAAUUGCUGCAGGCACCUACCGCAGCUAUCCCCGCGUCGUAGGUGAGACUGGCGGCAAGAACUUCCAUCUCAUUCAUAACUCUGCCGAUAUCCACAGUGCUGCUAUUAACACCGUCCGGGGUGCGUUUGAGUUCCAGGGACAAAAGUGUAGUGCUACCUCUCGCGCCUACGUACCGCAGAGCCGCUGGACUGAAUUCCGUGACAUCCUGGUCCGCGAGACGGAGAAGCUGAAGAUGGGCCCACCAGAGGAGUUUGCAAACUUCAUUGGCCCCGUUAUCCAUGAGGCCUCCUUCGACAAGCUGGCCGGCGUCAUUGACGCAGCUAAGCAGGACUCCAGUGUCAAGCUGCUGGCUGGCGGCAAGCACGACAAGAAGCAGGGAUACUACGUGCAGCCGACCGUGCUGCAGGUGAGCGAUGCCGAGCACGAGCUAAUGAAGAAGGAGUUCUUUGGCCCUGUGCUGGCCGUGUAUGUCUACGACGAUGCUGCGGGCGAGAGCGCUUUUAAGGAGAUGUGCAGUCUAAUCGACCGAACGACUGACUAUGGACUGACAGGCGCCGUGUUUGCGCAGGAUCGCAACGUUCUCCGAUUGGCCGAAGACGCGCUGCGCCACUCGGCCGGUAACUUCUAUCUCAACGUCAAGAGCACCGGCGCAGUGGUCGGGCAACAGGCCUUUGGCGGUGCGCGGGCGAGCGGCACCAACGACAAGGCUGGCAGCGCCAACCUGCUCACCCGCUUCGUCAACAUCCGCUCCAUCAAAGAGGACUUCCUCGGCUGCUCGGAGGUUGAGUACCCCAGCAACAAAUAG